AAAUAAGAUAUAUUUUUUCUGCGGUAAGACUCGAAAUCUGACUGGUUAUUGGGACUGGACUUUGUAUGGGCCCCCUUCCUUUCCAUAUAAGAUGCCGUGGUAUCACAACGACACCGAUCUAUUCAUGAGCAACUUCCUUCUCAAAUCUCCCAAUCUGAUCAAUAAAACACCGCAAGCUCCAUAACAAAAACAAAAUAAUAAUGCGUCAACAUUCUCAAGAACCAGUUGCCAUUAUUGGAUUUGCAUGCCGACUUCCAGGCGGUAACACCACCCCAAAGAAACUUUGGGAGUUCCUCGAAAGAGGAGACAUUGCCUCGAACAAGGUCCCCAAGUCGAGAUUCAAUGUUGAGGGACAUUGGGAUGGAUCUCAAAAGCCACGCACAAUGCGACCAUGUGGCGGCAUGUUUCUCGAGGAUAUUGAUCCCGCGGAUUUCGAUGCUUCAUUUUUUGAGAUAUCGCGGAUUGAGGCUAUUUCAAUGGAUCCAAACCAACGUCAAAUGCUUGAAGUUGUUUUCGAAGGACUUGAGAAUGCGGGUAUUCCAUUAGAGAGUCUCGACGGGCAACCUGUUGGGUGCUUCGUUGGUUCAUAUGCCUCAGGUCAGUGAAUUUUUACGUGAUGUGAAACUGAAAAUACUAAAAUACCUCAGAUUAUGGCGAUAUGCAAAACAGAGACCCUGAAGAUAGACCAGCAAAUAUCACCGUUGGCGUUGGACGUGCAAUCAUGGCUAAUAGACUGAGUCAUUUCUUGAAUAUCAAGGGACCGAGGUAAGAAUUUGAAUAUGCAAUUCACCGUAUCGUGCCUAAAUUUUUGUGUCUGCUAGUAUGACUAUCGAUACUGCUUGCUCGGGCAGUCUUGUGGGUUUGGACGUAGCUUGCCGGUACCUACAGUCUGGAGAGAUCAAUGCAGCUAUUAUUGCAACAAGCAACCUCUAUCUGAAUCCAGAACAUGUGAUGGAUCUUGGAGCGGUAGGCAAUGCUCAUUCGCCUACUGGUUUGUGUCACACAUUUGAUAUAGACGCCGAUGGAUAUGUAAAAGCCGAAGCAGUGAGUAGUAUCAUUGUUAAAAGGCUCUCCGACGCUAUUCGCGACAAGGACCCCAUAAGAGCUGUGAUCCGAGGGUCUGCCACCAAUAGUGACGGAAGAACACCUGGAAUUGCUAGUCCUAGCGCCGAGGCACAAUUCGCUGCCAUCAAAGCCGCUUAUGCCAAUGCCGGUAUUACCAAUUUGAAUGACACUGCGUAUCUAGAGUGCCACGGUACCGGAACUCAGGUAUGAUAUUACCCAUAUCAAAGUGUGCGCAACUCGGUUUCAUUAACAUGUCUGGUACAGGCCGGUGAUCCUACCGAAGUAAAGGGUGCCGCUUUGGCAUUUUCUGGGACGCGCUCAACGGAUAGGCCGCUCAUCAUCGGCUCGGUAAGUAACCUGCCAGCCCCUUACGAUCUUAUCGAUUACGGACCUUUACUGAGAUAGAUCAAGAUAAAAAGCAAUUUAGGACAUGCUGAGCCAUCAGCGGGUAUAUCAGGUAUCAUGAAAGCUGUCAUGGCUAUAGAAAAUGGAAUCAUUCCGGGGAAUCCUACCUUCAUAAACCCUAGCCCAAAGAGUAAGCACAUCUGACGCAAUGUCUUUUGCACCCUUUUUUUCACCAAAGCUGACAUGAAGAUAGUCGAUUUUGCUGGCUUUAAAGUGAGGGCUACUCGGACUGCGAUACCAUGGCCUGAAUCUUCCAUCCGCAGAGCAAGUGUCAAUUCAUUCGGAUAUGGAGGUUCCAACGCACACGUAAUCUUGGAACAGCCCAAAUUUUCCGAUGGGCCGAGCCAUGUCAGUUCGUAUCUUUCUGAUAGUGAUGAGCUUACUUUAGAUGAAGAUAACUCUGAGCAUCCGUAUACGCUCGUUCUCUCAGCAAAUGACAAGGCUUCACUGAAGGCCAACAUCAAGGCACUUUGUGAUCACUUGAUCAACCCACGCGUAAAAGUUAAUCUCGAAGAUCUCGCAUAUACGCUUUCGGAGAGGAGGACACGAUUGUGGCACCGAGCUUACAUCACAACACAAAACACUGAAAUUGACGAAAAUGAAUUUGUUCUUGGAAAGAAGAAUCCCGAUGCCCUGAGAAUAGGGUUUGUCUUUACCGGCCAGGGUGCCCAGUGGCCUCAAAUGGGGAAGGACCUGCUGCAGUUCUUUCCAUGGACAAGGGCAAUACUGAAAAAUCUUGACGACGCCCUGCAGAGCCUUCCAGACCCUCCAACCUGGUCAUUGGUAAAUGAGUUAACGGAGGUACGCAGCACCGAACAUCUCCGUCGACCAGAAUUUUCACAGCCCCUUGUAACAGCACUUCAACUAUGCAUUAUAGAAGUGCUUCAAAAAUGGGGUGUCAAACCUCAAAGUGUGGUUGGGCACUCAUCAGGAGAGAUUGCUGCCGCAUAUGCAGCCGGCUUCCUCGACCAAGCCACUGCUAUCAAAGUAGCUUACUACAGAGGCCUUGCUGCUCUUAAUCGAAAGAACGAAGUUGAAAGCGAUGUUGGUAUGCUGGCGGUUGGUCUGGGAACCGAGGCGCUUUUACCAUACCUAGACAAAUAUGUCGGUCAAGCCUGGAUUGCAUGUUUCAAUAGUCCUAGCAGUUUAACUGUGUCAGGGAAACGAGGUGCGCUCGAAUCAUUGGCCGAGGAAUUGAAAGCCGGUAAUCAUUUUGCUAGACUCCUACUAGUUGAUUUGGCCUAUCAUUCUGAACUUAUGGGAGUGAUUGGCGAGGAGUAUGAGAAGCUUUUGAAAUCCAAUUUCACUAGCCUUGGUGGAUCAUCAGAUGUAUCCAUGUUUUCUUCAGUUACCGGAUUAAAGAAAUCUACUAGUACGGACGUUUCAUAUUGGAAAACGAACAUGGUUUCGCCGGUGCGUUUUGAUAAGGCUCUUGUUGGGAUGCUCUCGGAGGAGAAAGGACCAAACUUUCUGAUUGAAAUUGGUCCAUCAGGGGCACUUGCUGGACCCAUCUCGCAAAUUUUAAAAUCAUUGCCAAAUGGCGACAGCAUCUCUUACAAUCCUUCAUGGGCUCGAGGUCAGAAUGCUGGCAAAGCCAUUUUCGAUUUGGCAGGUUCCCUGUUCGUCGCCGGUCAUGAUAUCAGUUUGAGAAACGUCAACCAGUAUGCUGCGACUAAGACUAUCAUUGACCUUCCCAAUUAUACCUGGAAUCACUCAAUCAAGUACUGGCAUGAAAACGCAUCGAGUAAAGAUUGGAGAUUCAAACAAUUUGUCAAUCACGAUCUGCUUGGGAGCAAAGUCAUUGGGACCACUUGGAAAUCUCCAACUUGGCGAAAGCUUUUGAAUCUUUCUGAUGUGCCAUGGUUGAAAGACCAUAAAAUGGGUUCGGACGUCUUGAUGCCUGGUGCUGGAUACAUAGCAAUGGCUGUGGAAGCAUUAUACCAAAAGACGCGCGCCACCGCUACUGAGGGCAGAAUCAUUAAUUCGCCUAAUGAACUGUGUUAUCGAUUUAGGAAUAUUCAAUUUGCCAAAGCUUUAGUACUAGAGGAUGAUAAAGAUUCAACCGUCCUGUUGUCACUGACCCAACAACAAGACUGGCAUGAAUUUCGCAUUUCUUCCGCUACCGGAGAUCUUUUGAUUGAGCAUUGUUAUGGCCUGAUCCGUCUACAGGAUCCUGUUGAUGAAUCUCUGAAUGAGUCUGAUAACAAACCUCUUCAACACUCAACACCUGGAAAAGUUUGGUAUAAAUCUCAGGCAGAAGCUGGCUAUGGUUUCGGACCCAGUUUUCAGAAGCUCCUCAAAGUCGAGUCCAAGAGCGGCCAACGACAAUCUCGCGCUCUGGUAUCAUUGGCAGAGCCAUCAUCAAAGUGGUCACCACAGUCCUAUUAUCCAAUUCAUCCGGCAUCUCUGGAUGGAUGCUUUCAGACAGUCACCCCUGCUCUCUGGGCAGGAGAACGUAGCUCAGUUAAUGCUGUCUUAGUUCCUGCGAUUAUUGAUGACCUCAUAAUUAACAGUGUGCCAAGUGGUCUCCAAGAGGGCCUCUCGCUUGCCACAUCAGAGUACUCGGGCCGUGGCCGUCCUGAGGAAGGCAAGAGCUACCAUGCUAACUGCUCAGUAUAUCAGCCCGAAAAUGGUGCACUUAUCAUGCAGAUGACUGGGCUUCGAUUUGUCAAGUUAGAUAUGGGUGUUAAAACAGACCCACAUGUAUUCGACCGCAUUUCCUGGAAGCCAGACAUUUCUUUCUUUUCCCAGGAAAAGUUGGUAGGUCUGAGUCCAGAAAAUUCCGAGCCACUACUGGAUACAGUCAUCGAUCUGAUUGCGCACAAGAAGCCUGGUUUAAGAAUCCUUGAGGUGAACCUUAAUCCUAGUGAGAUAAGGUCUAUCUGGUUUGACCCUGGAAAUUUAUUAUCAAGAUCCGCUUACAUCCAGUACGACUUUGCUUCGGACAACGCAAAAGAUCUCGUCAGUAUCCAAAGCAAGUACAACACCAAGAGCAACACAUCGUUCUUCCUACUGAACACCACGGAAGAGGCCUUGAAUUUGCCAUCAGAGGCAACGUAUGACCUUGUAAUUUUGAAAGUUUCCAAGUCUUCGGUGGUUGAUCAGAGCGUGAAUGAUACCAUCAACUAUGUCAAAGCUCAUCUUUUCAGCAAAGGGCAUGUGCUUGUAGUUGAGGAGGAGGUUGAAUCGCAAUCAAGAAUUAGCUCCGUGCAUACCCCUUCUCUUGAUGAGAGUGUCAAAUCACUGUCCUCGUCACCGUCGUCGGCAGGCUCGACUAAAACAUCCGGAAUAGCCACCGAGUCCUCUGAAUUCAUUGCUAAGGACUCUCAAAUCCGUAUUGCAAUUGAAAACAUAGUAUCCGACGAAGUCCACAACAGCAAGGAAGAAUCGCUUGAGUCUGGUGCAACGGUAACAGAUGUUACACAGCGAUUGUUAAACCACGAAACGAUACGUGAAGCAAUGAACGUGCAUAAACUUACUUCCAUCUUACAAGUUGCUAGUAAUGAGGACAGUCCAGCAUGGUCUCUGUACACUAAUGAAGUCGAUAUCAGAGUCAAGUCGCAUCUGAGGAACCUAAGUGUCGUGCGUCUUUCAGAGAAUACACCGUCCUUAGAUCCCUCUCUCAAAGCAACGUUAGAAUCAUCCGGUUGGAAAAUCAAGGACGUGACAUACUCAUCGAACAUUCUUGCGGAAACAGGAACUGUGAUAUUGGUUCUCGAUGAGCUUUAUGCCCCAGUACUAACAAAUAUCAACACAACGCAGUGGGAAGGCCUUAAAAUGCUCAUCAGUUCUGGGAACCAUCUACUCUGGGUCACCAAAGGUGCCCAAUAUAAGGUGACUGAUCCUAAUAACGCUCUCGUCCAAGGUCUAUUUCGCGUGGCCCGUAGAGAAGAUCCUAGCACCAAACUUAGCAUUUUGGACGUCGAGUCAAGCACGGGUCCUGCCACAGACUAUGCCAUUGACGCGGUUCUCAAAUCGCUAGAAUCAAAUCCUCCAGACUCGGGAUCCGCUGUUGAGACAGAGUUUGUAGAACGCAACGGGGCUCUAUAUGUGCAAAGGGUUCUCCCGGACCUUCCAGUCAAUGAUUUCAAGAGGGCCGAGGUAGAAGGUGCAGAGCCUAUACUCAGGAGCCUACACGAAGUUGAAGCAGCCGUACAAUUAAGAGCCGAGCGCUUAGGAACUUUCCAGGGUCUUACAUGGUGCGAAACGGCCGUUGGAGAGGUUCCUGUAGAUUCAGAAAAGAUUGAGAUAGAGGUAAUGGCUGUGGGCGUCAAUUUCAAAGACGUGGCUGUGACAAUGGGCAUUGUUCCAGAGAACGAAUACACCACUGGCUAUGAAGGGGCUGGUGUUGUGAAACGGCUAGGACCAGGUGUAAACAAAUUCAAAGUUGGAGAUCGUGUCUGCUUUUUGAACAAAGGCUGUUACGCAAAUCGCCUCCAAGUUGGUAUCGGAAGAGCUCACAUUAUACCAGAUUCGAUGAGUUUUGAGGAUGCGGCUACUAUCCCUGCGGUGUACCUGUGCUCCAUAUACUCGCUCUACGAUGUCGCCAACCUGAGGGAAGGACAGUCCGUACUCAUCCACUCGGCAUCAGGUGGUGUUGGGAUUGCAUGCAUCCAGCUGGCGCAACACAUGAAGGCAGAAAUUUAUGUCACUGUUGGCACAGAAGAAAAGCGCAAAUUUCUAAUCGAUAAUCACGGCAUUCCACCGACCCGCAUAUUCUCUUCUCGUAGUACAAAGUUUGCCAAGGAAAUAAUGCAUGCAACCAAUGGCCGCGGUAUUGAUGUUAUUAUCAACUCCCUGGCUGGAGAAUUGCUCGAUGCCUCAUGGCGAAUUUGCGCCGAUGGCGGUACUAUGGUCGAGAUCGGAAAGAAGGACAUUGUUGAUCGUAACAUGCUAUCCAUGGAACCUUUUGAUCGCAACUGCUCCUUCAGGGCAAUGGACUUUUCUUACACUGAAAAUAUAGUAGAUCCAUUGAUUGCAAGGUAUGUUCCGCCGCCCCGCCCUCCCCUCCCCAACCCACCCAAAUUCUGUAAGUCAAAUUCUUGGGGCUAUCAGAUCCUAACUUCCCUGCCACCAUAUCUAGACUGCUAGGCCAAAUUUUCGAAUUGAUUAAUGGUGGCCAUAUCAAGCCCAUUAACCCAAUUACUGUAUUCGGAUUUAAUGAUAUUCCAGCAGCACUGGCACUCAUCCGCAGUGGUCGACACAUUGGCAAAGUCGUUAUAUCUGAUGAAGGUAAGAGUGUGCAGGUACCUAUUCGGCCAGCAACACAAAAACUGAAACUUCGACAUGACGCUUCUUAUCUCAUUGUCGGCGGUUUGAAAGGCUUAUGUGGCUCCUUAGCUAUUCAUAUGGCGCGUAGUGGCGCUAAAAAUAUCAUCGCCUGCAGUAGAAGUGGCAUUAACGAUGUUGCGUCACAGAAUGUUGUGAUGAACUGCCUCGCCUAUGGAUGCAGGGUUGUAGAUGCCCAAGGCGAUGCUGCCAGUUUCAAUUUCAUGAGCAAAGUCUUCAGCGAGUCGUCACCACGCAUUGCCGGGGUCAUUCAAGGAGCUAUGAUCCUUAGAGACAGACCAUUUGAAACUAUGACGCUGGAUGAUUACCACACAGCCCUUCAUGCAAAGCUCAAUGGAACUUGGAACCUACACCAUGUUUCCCAAAAACAGAAAGAGCCAUUGGAAUUCUUCACCUUGCUCUCAAGUAUCUCCGGCGUUGUUGGAAAUAAAGGGCAGGCAAAUUAUGCCGCAGGAAACACAUUUCUGGAUGCCUUCGCCCAGUAUCGUGAAUCACUCGGUCUUCGAGCAAAUUCCGUUGAUCUUGGUCUCAUAGAGGACGUGGGUUACGUAGCUGAACAAGAUGGCUUAGAAGCUCGUUUCGACAAAAGACAGUGGACGCCCGUGACUGAGAAUACAUUACGGAAGAUUCUGAGCUAUUCCAUCCUACAGCAAGACGAGAAAACACGAAUUAAUGCAAGUAGCCAUACACAGCUGAUAGCUGGUAUUGGUUUCCCAUUGCCCGAGGAUUCGGAUCUCGUCCACGAAGGAAGAUUUGGCUAUCUCUUUCAAAGAGGGGCCGAUGGGGCAGGAAACAGAGAUAGACCAACCAGCCAGGACGAUGAGACAAUAGAAGCAUUCCGCAUGAUGCGCAAAUUAGGAGCUGAUAAGGUAUCGUUAACCAAAACAUGCGUGGAAGUGAUAGCGGUACAGUUCACCAAAAUCUUACGGUUGGAAAGCGAAAUGGAGACGGCCAAACCCUUGUUAUCAUAUGGGUUGGAUUCACUUGCAGCAGUCGAGCUGCGGAAUUGGAUUCGUAUCGAGCUUGGCGCCGAAUUGACAACGCUUGACAUUACUAAUGCCACUUCGCUCAUUACACUAUGCGAAAAACUGGUGUCGAAGCUCACAUAGCCUUGGGUUAAUUAUAUAGUCUUAUAUUCUUGUAGUCUUAUGUUCAAACCAAUUCACUACUUCGCAUUUUCUACCUUGCU